GAGGCAGAAGGAUGUUUGACCUCCGGAUAAGCGAGGCGCCGCUGUGCAUUCAUUCCCGGCUGCAUUGGUGGCGACAGCCGCGGCCCGGGCGGCGACUCUCCGGCCAGAGGCGGCGGUAGGACGCACCGGCAGUAGUGCGGGGACCGAGUCCGAGCUGCGUUAUCUCCCUCGCUCGUUCCUUCCCCCCUACCUCGCUCGCUCCCUCCCUGCGUGCCUCGCUUUCCUCCUCCGGCCGCCGGCGGGUGCGAUGUGCCGCCGCCGCUGCCCCAGCCGCCGCUGACUGACGGACCGGGGGGCGCCGCCCGCGCCCGGGACCGACCCGCCACUUGCGGCCGCGCCUUUGAGGUCACUAUCAAUAUUAGCUCACAUCAUUGAAAAGAUAAUUUUGAAGACAUGUUUUGCUGAAAAGAAAACUGAGAAAAAUUUUACGAAUGGGAUGAACACGCACCAGUUAAUUGACUACCUACUGCAAUUUGAAUGUUAACAUUACCCACCUGGUACAGUUACUUAGUGAUGUACCUAUUCUCACGAUACCCUAUUUCAGUGUGCUCGUCUUGAUUAAAUAAUUCAAAGUGGAGUACCGCAAACUUGAUAUGGAUAAUAAAAAGAAAGACAAGGACAAAUCAGAUGAUAGAAUGGCACGACCCAGUGGUCGGUCAGGACACAACACUCGAGGAACUGGUUCUUCAUCCUCUGGAGUUUUAAUGGUUGGACCUAACUUUAGAGUCGGAAAAAAAAUUGGAUGUGGGAAUUUUGGAGAAUUACGAUUAGGGAAAAAUUUAUACACAAAUGAAUAUGUGGCAAUUAAACUGGAGCCCAUGAAAUCCAGAGCACCACAGCUACAUUUGGAAUACAGAUUCUACAAGCAGUUAGGAUCUGGAGAUGGUAUACCUCAAGUUUACUAUUUUGGCCCUUGUGGGAAAUACAACGCUAUGGUGCUGGAACUACUGGGACCUAGUUUGGAAGAUUUGUUUGAUUUGUGUGACAGAACAUUUUCUCUUAAAACGGUUCUCAUGAUAGCUAUCCAACUGAUUUCUCGCAUGGAGUAUGUCCAUUCAAAGAACUUGAUAUACAGAGAUGUAAAGCCUGAGAACUUCUUAAUAGGACGACCAGGAAACAAAACCCAGCAAGUUAUUCAUAUUAUAGAUUUUGGUUUGGCAAAGGAAUAUAUUGAUCCAGAGACAAAGAAACACAUACCAUACAGAGAACAUAAGAGCCUUACAGGAACAGCUAGAUACAUGAGCAUAAACACACAUUUAGGAAAAGAACAAAGUAGAAGAGAUGACUUAGAAGCUUUAGGUCAUAUGUUCAUGUAUUUUCUGAGAGGCAGUCUUCCUUGGCAAGGUUUAAAGGCUGACACAUUAAAAGAGAGGUAUCAGAAAAUUGGAGAUACAAAACGAGCCACACCAAUAGAAGUGUUAUGUGAAAAUUUUCCAGAAGAAAUGGCAACAUAUCUUCGUUAUGUAAGAAGGCUAGAUUUUUUUGAAAAACCAGACUAUGACUACCUAAGAAAACUUUUUACUGACUUGUUUGAUCGAAAAGGGUAUAUGUUUGAUUAUGAAUAUGACUGGAUUGGUAAGCAGUUGCCUACUCCAGUGGGUGCAGUUCAGCAAGAUCCUGCUCUGUCAUCAAACAGAGAAGCACAUCAACACAGAGAUAAGAUACAACAAUCCAAAAAUCAGUCGGCAGACCACAGGGCAGCUUGGGACUCCCAGCAGGCAAAUCCCCAUCAUUUGAGAGCUCACCUUGCAGCAGACAGACAUGGUGGCUCGGUACAGGUUGUAAGUUCUACAAAUGGAGAAUUAAACACAGAUGACCCUACUGCAGGACGUUCAAAUGCACCUAUCACAGCCCCUACGGAAGUAGAAGUGAUGGAUGAAACCAACUGCCAGAAAGUGUUGAACAUGUGGUGCUGCUGUUUUUUCAAACGAAGGAAAAGGAAAACCAUACAGCGCCACAAAUGACUCUGGACACAGACAGAUCAUGGGGAGUUACUUACGUGUUCAUCUGCUGUCUUGUGAUUAAAAUCAUCUCUGUAGUGACCACAUAUAUUUUCAAGGACUCACUGUUAGAAACAAAAAUGUCAUACUUUCAUACUUCAUUUUGUGGUUGUCUUACAUUCGUAUUUUUUUCUAAUUUAACUUUUAUGGAAGCUUUAAAGUUUUGUCAAAACAUGAGUGCUUUGCCCAUCAUUGAAUGGAAUGGACCAAUGAGGUGAUAUUGAUGAAUUACAGUUCUGUAGAACAUUUUUCAGAAGCUCUCCUCCUGUUGUAGAAAGCAGUACAGUAUCUUAAAUGUCAACCAGUUAUAUACCUAAUCUGGUUUUUAUAACUUCUGUAAGAGAAUAAUCAAAGAGGAAUUUUCUCCCCAGUGGAUAAUGCAACAGAGAAAACAGAGUUGCCCAAAUAUUUAAAAGAAGUUAUCCCUUGAGAAGAUCAUUAUCUGUGUGACAUCUGCAUUGAUUUCACUGUUACUGAUGGUACUGCUAUUCAUGAGUCAUAUUAACAUUCUCUCUGUGAAAUCAUGGUACAGUUACUGCCCAGAGGUACUGAGGAAAAAGCUCUAUGGGUUUGGUAGAUGGUAGUGGUAAAAUGAAUCACAAGUAGUGUGGUAAAUAUGAGCUCUGCUUUUGUUGCACCACUAUGUGAAGUACAGUGUUGCCGAAGUGGCAAAAGCGCUUAUUUUUUAAAAAUGCAAAAUAUUUGUAUAAUGUAACUUUAUGCUUCCAGUUAAUAAUGUAUGUUAGACAGCAAGAAAUGAAUACUUUGAGAAAUGAGAUAUGUUGGAGUUUUUUGAAAAAUACACUAAGGAGAAGGAAUAAAUGUGAAUCUCACCGCAUCAUAUGAGGCUGAAGUCUAAGGAGAUCCCACUGAAACCUGCUGCUGAACGAUUACAUUCUCCUUAAGCAGAAAACUUUGGAUGUGCCACACAAUGGUGUCUGUUUAUUAAUUAUUUGCCCUUUGAUUUUAAAAAAAGACCCGCAGCAAUAAAAACGGGGUCACUCUAUUGCCCUCUGUGCACAUUAGUCUCUUGUAUUCAACUUUGCUGGUUCUCUGGAAUUUUCCUACUUUUUAGCAUAAUUUUGAUGAUUGAAAACUAUUUUGGAGAGGAUGGGUCAGGUGCUUUGUCCCCAUAGUCUUUUGAAGUGCCUGCAUAUGAACAAAGUAAUGGUUCUGUAAAAAAAGGAAACCCAUUCCACUUUUCAAGUAUGCUUUGUUUUAAGCCAUGAAGACACAGGUAUACUUUUGUCACAUUCUACUAGCCAGAAUUUGCAAGGAGAGUUAAGACAAAAACUCUGGCUAGAAAGAUAAUUAUGUUGUUCAAAUCUCACAUUCACCUUUCAUUUAUGAACUUGUUGCUUACUCCUUCCACUCAGCCCCUUCUUUUUGUCUUUCAGUGUGUGCCUCCGGGCAUGCUUAUUUAUUUUUAUUGUCUCAAGGUAACAUUUAAAAUAUGUAAUUAAAGUAAAUAAAUCUACAUUUUUGACUUCAUUAUUGCAUUUACAGGAAUUUAACUGUACUUUGUAAUUUAUUUUUCUUAUUAGCCAAAAGUUCAGUGCAUUGUUUUUGAUGAAUUAGGCACCCAUA